AUGGAAAUCAAGGUCGGCGACUUCAUGGACCAGUUGUCUACCAUGGAGGUUCUCAACGUCGAUGGGAAACUGGAGAGACUCAAAUGGAUGUCCAGGUUUUUCGGAUUCUUCGCUAAGAGUCUCUGGAACAUCUAUGGACCGACGAUGGGAGAUGACACUCAAGAUCGGGUCUUCAGAGACCCUCAAGGAAAACGACCCUUGCGUCUCAGAGGAGCCAAACAAGAAAUGUAUCCAUUCCUUACGGAAGACAACCUGGAGUUGCGGCUCACCCGUUACAGAGCAGGUUCCAAGGGCCCAGUGAUGCUGUCGCACGGAAUGGGAGUAUCCAGUGGUAUCUACACGCUUGACACCGUGGAUACCAACCUUCUGGAGUACCUGGUUGCCAGGGAGUACGACGUGUGGCUGCUGGACUGGCGGGCGUCAUGUGAUCUUCCGGCGACUUGCUUCACACAGUUCACCUUGGACGAUGCCGCCAGGUAUGACGUCCCCGCUGCCGUGGACAAAAUCAUUACGGUGACGGGCAGCCCAGACAUACAGGCCGUUGUCCACUGUGUCGGCUCCGUUACAUUCUUUGCUUCACUGCUGAUGGGGAAGCUUCAGGGAAAGAUUCGCAGUCUUGUCUCAUCACAGGUUGCUGUUCACCCCAUUGUGACCAAACGCAUACGAAGGAUUGCAGCCAAGGCCAAGCUCCCCAGAAUGCUGAAGGCGUUUGGUGUGGAAGGCGUAAAUGCACGACUGGAUCCUAACGGUGGAUGUAAGGACGCCAUGACGACGUUUGGAUGUAAGGUCUUCAACCUGAUGGAGUUAAAGUCAGCAGAGAGAUGUGACAGUAAAGUUUGCAGGAGGUACGUAAACUGUUCUGGAGAAUAG